AUGCCCUAUAAUAUAGUUGUUCUGGGGGCCGGUGUCUCAGGCCUGACCACUGCCUACCUGCUCUCGCAAGACCCCGAUAACAAGAUCACUGUGCUCGCUAAGCACAUGCCGGGUGACUAUGAUAUCGAAUAUGCGUCCCCAUGGGCAGGAGCCAACUACAUGCCAGUUGGCAAGCAAGGUAGCAACCACCAGGCGUGGGAACGAGACACUUGGCCAGCGCUGAAGAAGAUUACCGAGAAAUACCCCGAAGCGGGAAUUCACUUCCUCGACGCUCUCAUCUACAACCGGAAAAAGGACCAGGAAAAAGCCACUGGUAACUGGUUUUCAGAAUUGGUGCGGCCGAACCCCUGGUACAAGGAUGUGGUGCCCAACUUUAUGGGCCUCCCGAAAAGUCAACUGGGUCCUGACAUUGAUAACGGCCAAAAGUUCACAUCUGUCUGCAUCAAUACUGCUGUCUAUUUACCGUGGCUAGUUGGCCAGUGCACCAAGAACGGUGCGGUUUUCAAAAGGGCCGUAUUCAAGCAUAUUGCCGACGCUGCGUAUGCACAUCACUCAGGACAAAAGGCGGAUGUGGUUGUGAACUGCACGGGACUUUCAUCGAAGUUCCUUGGCGGAGUCCUUGAUGAGAAACUCCUCCCCGCUCGGGGCCAGAUUGUCGUCGUCCGCAAUGACCCCGGUCCGAUGGUAUCUAUCUCCGGAACCGACGAUGGCGAAGACGAGGCACUGUACAUGAUGACUCGUGCGGCAGGUGGGGGCACGAUUCUCGGCGGCUCUUACCAGAAGCAUAACUGGGACGCACUGCCGGAUCCAAACCUUGCUAAUCGAAUUAUGAAACGUGCGGUCGCGAUCGCACCACAGCUUGUUAAAGAGGGCCAGGGCAUCGAGGGCCUUGAUAUUAUCCGGCACAGCGUUGGCCUGCGGCCUUUGCGAGAAGGUGGCCCUCGGAUUGAGAAGGACCUGAUAGACGGAGUCACAGUUGUUCAUAACUACGGACAUGGUGGCUUUGGAUACCAGGCCUCAUUUGGAUGUUCGGAAAUGGCGAUUUCUCUGGUUAAGGAGGCGCUGCAGAACAAGACCCGGGCUAAGCUUUAA